CGCGACACACACACACACACACACACACACACACACACACACACACACACCGGGAGGAGCCGUCUACCCUUCCGUCACCCAUACCCGCCCCUGAGGACGGUGCGUCGUUGGCGGCGUCAAUAUUAUUUAUUAUUCCCGUUAGUCUCGGUAUUUAGCGCCGCAGCUGCUCACGGUGAUCGUUAAAUCGGACGCGUCUCGUUGUUUUGUGGCGCGUGUUUUUUCUUGUAACGGGGAUUAUUGAGGCGGCAUCAGCGCGCGGUGAUGCUCUCCGUUAAAGGAUCGUGAAGCGUCGCGAGUCUAAAGGACCACUGCCGUGGAUGGUUGGGCGUUAGUGCGUGUUUGUUUUGCUCUGAUGGCGAACAUGAGCAGUAGUGUGUGCAUGGAAACUCCACACGCUCAUGGCCACGCCCACGGCCACACCCACAACUACAACCCCACCCCCGGACGGGACUUUCCUCUUCAGAUCGACUCGUGCAUGAACCCGGUGUUGGACUACAGUGCGCAGAUGGAGCGUUACCGCUCGUUCGCCACCUUCUAUAAGAACAGCACGGCCGCCGGCGCCACGCCGUUUCCCCAAACUGCGAAAAUCGCACGAAUCGCCACGCCCCUAUUCCCAUCAGCACGCUUAUCCGCGAUGCCACCCUGGCCGUGUGACAACGCCAUGCUAUGGGGGCGAAAGCCCGCCACGGUUAACGUAAACGGACCUCACACACAUCGGACAGGCAUGUCAAGGGCGGAGCAGGUGAACGUGCACAUGUCCGCCAAACACAUUCCACAAGACUCCGCCCUCUCGAUGGGUGACAACUUCCUAUCGCCGCUGUCCGCGGAGCAGUGCCGCGGUCUCCCCGUAACGGGCGCCGACUGCAUGAACCGACUGAAGUGCCCGCCGUCGGGGCCGCCCGGGGAGGCGGAUCGAGGCGGGACCUUUGGAGGGAUGCCCCCUUUGGGGGGGCUGUCGUUACCGCCAGGGGUCAUCGUCAUGACGACGCUUCACUCCGGUGCAGGGUCAUCCGGGGUUACGAUGUCAGACAGCGCAUUUCAGAUCGCUAACGUGGCGGCGGACUGCCAGCACAGCGGCUCGUCUUGCUCCGGGUCGCCCGCGGCUCUGAACGGGAACGGUAACGGGAGUUGCAGCAGCGGGAACAGCAACGGUAGCGGAGCGGCUAAACGUAAACGCAAGCGGUGUGGCGUCUGCGCCCCCUGCAGAAGGCUCAUUAACUGCGGCGUGUGCAGCUCCUGUCGGAACAGAAAGACGGGUCAUCAGAUUUGCAAGUUCAGAAAGUGCGAAGAACUCAAGAAGAAGCCGGGCAGCACGAUGGAGAGAGCACCGUCAGCAGGAGCCGCUGACACCUUCCGCUGGUUCUUCUGAAGGGCUCGCCAACAAACCACACCACAACACCGGACUCAAAACCAGAAGAACUGCAACCUACGAUCCCAUCAUACGGUUCCGCAAUCAGGGAAUCUCUCCGAACUCCUCGCUUUCAAGCCCUUCCCCUCAGGACUCACUGUGGCACUGGGGCAUCAGGUGCACACGCCCCGUCGAGGGCUCACCUCACCUCAAACAAACACCAAUGGCAUAGAGAAACAUAGACUUGAUUCCAGUCGUAUCAGGAUCCGAGCUCGAAGGAACAGUUCACCUGGCUGAAAUCCAACAUUUAAAGGGACAGUUCACCCAAAAAGGACAGUCAGUAAUUCCUCACCCUCAUGCCGUUCCAAACCCGCACCUUCGUUCAUCUUUCAGAACACAAAUUUUAAGAUGUUUUUGCUGGAAUCCAAUGACAGCUAUUUAAUUAACACUUUAAAGGGUAACUAAACCCCUGGUCAGAGCCUGACUCCACCCACUGGCAAUAUUUGAAAAAUGCUGGAAAAGUGGG